AUGCAUGCUGUGUCAAAGGAACAGGAUUGGACGGUAUGUACACAAAGCAGUUGGAGGAUUUCCCCCAGUAACAAAGAGUUUCACCCACGUUCAUUUGGACAUUGUGGGCUCUCUAUCACCUUUGGAAGGCUACAAGUAUUUGUUGAUAUCAGUGGACCGGUAUACAAGAUGGUUAGAGGCUUCUCCACUAUCGAACAUUUCAGCAAAAACGGUAGCUCGAGUAUUUUUGGCUUCUUGGAUCUCCCACAAUUUGAAUCCACUUUAUUCCAACAACCAGCCAUACUCUGUGGAUUCCGCCAUCACCACACCACCGCUUAUCACCCAGUGAGGAAUGGCAUCGUUGAGCGGUGGCACAGAACAUUAAAGACAGCAUUAAUGUUCCAUAACGACAGUUGUACCUCAACAUUGCCAGUGGUGCUGCCAAGUCUUCGAACCGCCUGCAAAUCAGAGCUACGUGCAACCAUGGCUGAACUGGUUUAUGGAGAAAAUCUCAGGCUGCUGGCAGAAUUUUUCGUUGAAAUGAUGGAAGCGACAGUGGGUGACAUGCCUUACGCCUUACAACAAGUCCGCAACCACAUGGCACAGCUACAAAGGAAACCUGGUUCUCGACAUGGCACCAACACGCCAUUCGUUCACAAGCAAAUUAGCCUGACGAAGAAAAUUAAGACGCCAGUGAAGAACUGCCACCUACACAAUAUGACGAAGAUGUGUUCCCCACAGAGAGCAACACGCCCAGCCAGAAGCAGGAAACCACACUGA